AUGCGUUUAAAAGGGAAAAAUAAUACAAAAUCAUUUCAUAGCGUCUAUAAGGUGCUCUCGCGUAUAUGUCGAACUGCAGAUAAAAGACAACUUGAUGGUUUCAUGGCGGAUGGUGCAGUGCCACCAAUAAAGAAUGCCCAUAACUGUAAUAAUAUGGGUUUUGCAACGCAACCAGUAAAGCAAACUUCAGAUGUUUCUAAUAUUGUCUAUGCAGUGGGGCAAUAUGCCCCCAAAGUCUUGAGAAACUUAAAUACUCAAAGAUUAAAGAAUCAAUUUAGUGAUGUUGGUUUGGUUGCUGGUGGUAGUGUCAUUAGAGCACAUAGAUCAGUUUUAGCAGCAGGAAGUGCAUACUUCAAUGCUAUGUUUACUGGUGGUCUUGUUGAAGAACAACAAGAAUUGGUGGAAAUUCAUUCAGUAUCAGCUAAUAUUCUUUCCCUUCUGAUCGAUUUCAUUUAUACUGGGAAUGUUGAUAUCACUCAGGACAAUGUUCAAGAAUUAUUUGCAGCUGCUGAUAUGUUAGAAUUAGAUGAAGUAGUGUCUGGUUGCAUUACUUACUUAAAACAGCAACUUCAUUACUCCAAUGCUCUUGGAAUUUAUAGAUUUGCAGAAGCACAUAACAGAUUAGAUCUUUUGGAAACUGCCCUACGCUUUAUACAAGUCAAUUUUCCUCAAGUAUCACAGGAGGAAGAAUUUUUGGAUCUGCCGAAAGAACAUCUUGUUCAUUUUCUUAGUAGUGAUUACAUUCAUAUUGAUACUGAAUUUCAGGUCUUCCAAGCAGCAUAUAAUUGGAUUGUCCAUGAUAUACCAACAAGAAGAUGUUAUGUAUUUGAAAUAUUAAGUCAUAUUCGUUUACGGCUGUGUUCAUUAGCGAGAUUGGAAGGGGUUAUUUUGGAAUGUAAAGACGCCAGUUUGAUUGUUGCAUUGAGAUCUAUACAAAAGGAUUUAAUAUCAAAUAAAGGAUGUCUUGUGCCUCUUCACGCACAACCUAGACUUUGCGCUAAAAAGAAUAUUUUAGUAAUUGGUGGAUCGAGACGCGAACAUUCAGGAGACUGUUGGGGUAGAGCUUGUGAAAGUACUUAUGAAACGAUUGAAAAAUAUGACAUAUUCACAGGCGAAUGGAGUGAAGUAGCGCCGAUAGGUAUAGGGCGAAUACUACCGGGAGUGGCAUUGUUAAACGGCAAAGUAUAUGUCGUUGGCGGCGAAUUGGAAUCGUGUAUUAUUGCCAAUUGCGAAUGUUAUGAUCCACGUGAUAACAAGUGGACUUCUAUUGCCUGCAUGGAAGAACCCAGAUGUGAAUUUGGACUUUGUGCCUUGGAUAAUAGUUUAUAUGCAUUUGGUGGUUGGGUAGGCGAAGAUAUUGGUGGGUCAAUAGAAAUAUACGAUCCAAUAACUAAUUCUUGGACGCUUGAUGGACAACUUCCCGAACCUCGAUUCAGUAUGGGAGUAGUUGCUUACGAGGGUUUAAUAUAUGUAGUGGGUGGUUGCACCCAUAACAGUAGGCACCGUCAAGAUGUAAUGAGUUAUAAUCCUAUAACAAGGGAAUGGACUUAUUUAGCUCCAAUGCUUACACCACGUUCACAAAUGGGAAUUACAAUUCUUGACGGAUAUCUUUAUGUUGUUGGUGGUACUAAUAGAAAUCAAGAGGUUUUAACAUCUGUUGAACGUUAUUCUUUUGAAAAGAAUAAAUGGAGCACUGUUGCACCUAUGAAUAUGGGCAGAUCAUAUCCUGCAGUUGCAGCAGCCGAUAGUCGACUCUACAUUAUAGGAGGUGAUCUGACUCAGGAAAUUAAUUUUUAUCGAAGGCAAAUCACAAUUUCUACCGUUGAAUGUUACGAUCCGCAUUCAAAUAAAUGGCACGAAUGUGCUUCGUUACCGACAAGUAGGGGUGAGGCAGCGGCAAUUGUUGCACCUUUUUGAUUGAAAUUUCCUUUCAGCAUUUAAAAACUUAUAUAAGUUGAACACGAUUUACAUCACUUUUGAAUUUAUUUCAAACGUCUUUUAACAUAAACGCGAUAUCUAUUGCGAAACUUACAUUUAUUGACUAUUUUAUGUUAUUAUGCAAUCAUGAGCAAACAUAUGUAACUCUUUUUCUAACAAGCAUAAGAUGCAACAGGAUUUGAGAGACAAGAGAAAUGUUCCAUUAUAAGAGUAGUACAGUGUUAUUUUCUAUACCCACAAUACUAAAUUACGUAUACUGAUUUUCAACAGAAAUUUAUUACAUAUAUUUACUAAUGAAAGUAGCAAAACUGACUUCCAUACAGUUUAAAAAACUUUUUAGUAUAAAUGAUUUGAUUAGUUGUAGAAAUGACUGACAGCCUUCAUAUUCUAUAGUCAUUUACCAAAGUUAUUGAAAAAACAAAAUAUGAUAUUCUAUCGUAAAUCUUAUUACACUACAACGAGAGAGAUAAGGAGAAAUAAUAUUUCGGCAUAUUAUGGAUGAAUCGAAAUGUCUUAAUGUAAAAGAGUGAAAGUGAGAUUUAUCUAGUUUUCAUUGUGAAUUGUAUACUACAAUUAUGCGUGCUUGUGAUAUUUAUACAUCUUUUUCUUUUUAAAUUAACUUUUGCGAUAGCUGUGUACGUAUAUUUCGUUACUUAUUAAGUUUUCCCGGUGUAAGGAGUAACAUACUUAACACUACAAUUAUCACUUUAACCAAUUUUUUAAAAAUUCUAUAAAGAUAUUUUACAAGUCAUACUUUAAUAGAAUCACGUAUAGUAUUUGUAAGUUUAUAGAAUCGAAUUUUAUGUUGAUAGAUUUCGUAGAAAAACUUUAUUAUGGUUAAAUGUGUGUUUGGUGCUAUGGUGGAAUUAAAAACUCAUUUUUAUAUACCGUAAUUUUCGUAAUUGAAUCUGAUUUUAAAAAUUCUAAAAUAAAAGAAAAAAAUAAUAAAUAAAUGAAAAAUACAUUUGAAGAAUAUAAGAAUAACAUCUUUAUCAUAUUAUACGUAUAUUGUUCUUGCAGAUUCAUAAUUAUUAAUAAGUACUUAGCUUGAAAAUAAUUUUUAUAAUGUGUAUAUAUAUACAUAUUAUAUCAAUGUGAUUCUAUAAUCAGCUGUUCUUUACGUUUUCUUAUCAUACCAAGUUUUACUAUAUCAAGUACCAAUUUUGUGUACUUCUUAUACCAAAGGUUUUUCAAACAAAUGGUUUAUAUAAAAACGAUACUGAAAUAGCUAAUAUAAAAAAAAUAAUAACAGUAACCUGUAUUAUUUUAAUUACCAGAUUUUUUAUUGUCUUUAGAGCCAUUUUGUCAUUUUUGUUACACGCAUUGCAAAUGAAGAUAAUGACAUUUUAAACAAUAGUAUUUGUUAAGAAUAUUUUAAAGCGUCUUCUAUAUCAGUUAUAUAUAUUUCGUUAUUUCGAAAUAUAUUUCAAUAUCUCUUUAACAUUUUGAAUGUUUCACAAAUCAUAAUUUGUGUUUAGAUAUCUUUUUAAUUAUGUAUUAGUAUAUUAUAAUAUUUUGCGGAUAUGUACGUAUACAAAAGUGCUAUUAAGUAAAAGGCCUUCAUAUAUAAUUAAAAUAUGUUGAGGAUAUAAAGAGCUUAGUGUUGAAAUUUUGCUUGGUUUCUAAUUUGAAAGUAGGAGCAGUAAUAUUCUGUAUAACGUAUGUAUUAGAAUCGAAACUAAUGGAAUUGUGUUGAAAUCAUAAAUAAUCGAGGAAUGUCGUAAAUAUAAUGAUAUUACGUGCGUUUAUAUCUUUACGCAUAUAUGUUUUAUGCCAAAGUAAACAAGAAUAUAUUUGGGAGAGAUAAACAUUUCAAAUGCAAUUUUGAUACAAAAAUUCUUAUGAUCAAGAAGUAUAUUUCAUAGCAAGAGAUUAUAGAAAGCAAAUAUUGACUGUAUUCUCCAAUAAUACUUCAAAAGUUGUAAUAUCCGUACACAAGUUCAAUAUGUGGACAUUUUCCACAAUAUACACUAUAAAAUAUCCAAUUCUCUUACAAAAUUAUAAAUAAAUAUUUAAACAUA